GCUCCAUGGUUAUGAUUAUGAUGUACCAGUUGAUUUACAUCAUUGAUAUAACAACAGAUGGUAGUGGUGCAGGUUGAAAUAAAAGAUCAUUAAGCUAAAUAUUUUAGCCUUCAUUGGCUCCCUGUUGCAUAGAAUUUGUCAGAGUGAAACAGAAUCAUAGCAUUUCAGAACUAGAGGAGUCCUUAGAGAUUGUCUCAUCUAGUCCUUCAUUUGACAGAUGAGAAAACCAGCCCAGAGAGAAUGCUAUUUGCCAAAGUCGUACAGCUUGUUAGGAGCAAAGCUAGGAUCAGAAGCUAGGACUGACAUUGCCCAGGUCAGUGCUCUUUCUACCAUCUGUGUGUGAGAUCUUUAGGUGGUGGUCUUUCUGUUUCACUCCCUGAUGUCUGCGCCAGUUAUUCUAAUCAAUUUCACAUCUGUUCAUUUCUAGAACUUAGAGCUUCACCCCAUUAUGAGUCUUUGUUGGUUAAACUUUAUAUCUGGCUUUCUUUUAGGUUGGUCUCCACCCACAUCUUUUAAUCUUGAAGACUUCAAAAUACACCUCGAUCUACCACUUUUUUGGAAAACUCCAAUACCAGGCAAUAAAUUACUCACUGUGCUCUUGUUAUAGUAUAGAAGCUUUUGAGUUCUCCAAAUUAAAUAAGAUUUUCUCCCAUUUUCCCAUGAAGCCACAUUGUUGUUUAUUCACUUUAGUGGUGAGUAUUAUUGUGCCAGCUGCUUUUGUUUUGGAAGAUGUAGGCUUCAGUCAAGUGGCCCCACUGGAAGCAAAUCAGAGUUCUUUCAAUGCAUCAUUUCCCUCAAGCUUUGAACUCACAGCAGGUUCCCACUCAGGUGAUGAUGUCAUCAUAGCCAAAGAGGGAACUAGUGUUUCGAUCGAGUGUCUUCUCACUGUCGACCACUAUGAAGAUAUCCAUUGGUACAACUCAAAAGGAGAGAAACUGGAUGACGAAGGCAGAGGUGGAAAAUGGUUGGUUUCUGAUAACUUCCUGAAUAUCACCAGCGUAGCCUUUGAUGACCGUGGGCUCUAUACAUGUUUUGUCACCUCUCCAAUUCGUGCCUCCUACUCUGUCACCCUGCGUGUUAUCUUCACCUCGGGAGACAUGAGUGUCUACUACAUGAUUGUUUGCCUGAUUGCCUUUACUAUCACUCUCAUCUUAAAUGUCACACGGCUGUGCAUGAUGAGCAGCCAUCUUCGUAAGACUGAGAAGGCUAUCAAUGAAUUCUUCAGAACUGAAGGGGCUGAGAAACUUCAGAAGGCCUUUGAAAUUGCAAAACGCAUCCCCAUCAUCACCUCGGCCAAGACUCUGGAGCUCGCCAAAGUUACACAAUUUAAGACCAUGGAAUUUGCUCGUUAUAUUGAAGAACUGGCAAGAAGUGUCCCUCUUCCGCCCCUUAUUCUAAACUGUCGGGCUUUUGUUGAGGAGAUGUUUGAAGCUGUGCGAGUGGAUGACCCUGAUGACAUGGGAGAAAGAAUUAAAGAGAGACCUGCCUUGAAUGCUCAAGGUGGCAUCUAUGUCAUUAACCCAGAGAUGGGUCGGAGUAAUUCACCAGGAGGAGAUUCAGAUGAUGGUUCUCUGAAUGAACAAGGCCAGGAGAUAGCAGUUCAAGUUUCUGUCCACCUUCAGUCAGAGACCAAAAGUAUUGAUACAGAUUCUCAAGAUAGCAGCCAUUUCAGCCCGCCUGAUGAUACAGGAUCAGCCGAAUUGAACUCUAACUACAAAGAUGGGGCAUAUGACAGCUGCCAGCUGUGAGCUAUCCCAGUACCUACAAAAAUAGCUCUCAGAACAGGAACCUGUUUCAUGCAGGAAAAUAACAUUUCACCAAAAGAUGACUGGGGUUUUCCCCUUGUUAAUAUUAAGCACAUCGGAACGUGAAUUAUUGCCAAAAGCUUUGUAAAAAUUCAGAGUUUUCCCUGAUAGUUUUCAGUCAUUUUCCUCAAGCUUGAGUAAAUGAUACAUGUUAAGAUUUAAAGGAGCCUGAGAGAUAGACUCAAUGGGGAAGGUACUGAAGUACUGCGCUAAGAGUUCCAUGGCUUCUCUUCUUGCUCACGGUUCUUCCAUUGGUUAGGGCUGACGCUUAUGUUGGGGCCUCAGUUUUCCCACCAAUAAGAUGAGAGAUUUGUAUUACGUGAUAUCUAAAGUCAUUUCUAGCCCUAUAACUUCUUACCUGUCACCUUUAAACCACUCAGCACAUCUCUAAAUAAACCCUUCCUUAGACUUUUAGUCCCUUUUUAUGGAAAGGACCAAGCUGAGACUUAGUCCUUGAUUCAGGUUCCCACAUCAAUGCUAUAGUGCAUAGUGGUGUGAGUGUUUUUCAGAUGGUUGGCCUUGUGGAGUGUGCAAUUGUAUGUGCUCGGUUCAAUCUUCUCAGUGUAGCCCCUGUCUAUAUUAUACAGAUAUCAGGGAGCUAACUGCUCAUUAGUAAACUACUUUCCACGAGUAAAUUAGUCCUUUUGGGGGAUAUAUCAUGUAUUUUUAACUUACUGAGGCAUCAUUUAGUUCAUAGAGCUAGCAGUGAUUUCCCAUCUGAUCUCCAAAAGUGAGCAAUUUUCUCCUAAGGAAUAAUGUCUUCAAUGCUUUUAGAGUAAGAAACAAUGUCAAAUCAUCUGUCUCUGGUAAAUCAUGGAUUUUGACAUUUCUAUUAAUAGAAUUUCUCAGGAUUUCCCUUUUUAAAAGUACUGGGCUUUACAAGAGGGUUCUGUGUUUGGGAUCCCAUUCCAGGGGGAAACCCAGAGCUGGAUUCCUCUUUAGACCUCUGUCUACACCCUUGCCCUCCGCGGUCUUAAACAUGGUGCUAAAGGUUGCAUGCCUCCUUAUCUGGUUUAUUUUGUUUAUAUUUUAUUGUUGUCGAGGUUUUUAUUUUUGUGUACUUCAGAUAUAGAAAUCUGAGAUAGGGCUGCUUUUGUGUCAUUUCUGAGAAGCAUUAACCUGAAAUAAUAUUAGAUAAUGGUAUGUGGUGUGUUAUUAUGUUAAAUAUACAGAUACAGAUAUAUAGA